AUGUCUUGCUUCAUGUUGUUGAAGGAUGGAGCUGGAUGUGGGGAAUUUAUGGGUAAAGAUAAUCUGGAACGUCUUAGUAACUGCAAGCAAGAUGUCGCAGCUCAUUUGAGGCGGUAUCAUUUGUCCAAAGAAUGUCUUUCAGAGUACGAUUUGAUUUUGCUGCGGGCCGAGUUUCUGAAUGUGGCGACUUCACAACUGGAAAACAUGCUUGUGUGUGCUCCAGACAUCGAGGCAAUCUUGGAGUUCACUGGAGAGGAAGAACAGUAUGCCAAUAUCCUGAACAUAAAGGCACACAAGAAAGAGCUAAAUGUGACUGAGCAUUCACAUUGAAACUAGUUAAGGAAGUAAACAACAUCUUCGAGGUUAUUGUGCCAAUCGGGUCACGUGAGUAUCCUCUAUUUGAAUGCAGUUGGGUGAUUACUUGUUAAUAUUAGUAAACUAUUACCUUUAUACCUGUUUAUGAUCCCGUCUAGACGUUUCGGGACGGACCAUUAGAAAAUAGAAUUUUUUUCAUGUUUACAAUUUUUUUCAGGUUGCAAUUAAUGCAUGUAUGUAAUUUUUUUAUGGAUAUGUUACAAUUUUGUUUUGAGACGUUCCUAUUGCAUGUUUUUUAUUUUUUACCUUUUAUGCUUGUAUGCAUUUUUUUCUGUUUUCCCCCCACCCCCUUCACAGUUUUCUAAUGGCCCGUCCCUUAGCGGGGCGAGGCGGGAUGGCGUAUUUAUAUAUAUGAACAGAUUUCACAGCCGGUUUUAUACGAGUUUGAUGCGCGGGUAAUUUUGGCGGGAAGUUUGACAAUUAUUUAAGAUCGGUAUCUAUGUUACUAUACGACUUUCGUCAAGAAUUUUCCGAUUAUUUAAUGUUUUAGCUGUUUAAAUCAUAUUAUGCUAAUGUUGUGAAAUAAGCAAGAAAAAAUUAAUAUUAUAUUAAAUUUAUAACACUAAAUAAUAAUAAACUUUAUAUUUUAAUAUCUAAAUUUUGAGAUUAGAUAAUUGGACAGUGCUACUAUAUUUGGUAUGAUUGAAUUAGGGAAAAAAGGAAAGUUGUUAUUGUGUUAAGUUGAGUUGAGUUGGGGAAUGUACUGAUACGAAAAUACUGUGAUUUACUGUGAGAGAUUUUCAAAAACCUUACAAGAAAAAACUGGGUGAUUUUUCUCUAUUGCGGAGAUCAAACAAAUGUACCACACUAAUGAAAGGAAUAUAUAAUUCGUUGCAUUUUUAUAGCUCUAAACGAACUUAUGCUCAACCCGGCUAGCCAGGAUGAAGUGUUUGUAUAGCAAUUUCUCAUCCUGGCUAGGCAAGAUCCCAAAAAAAGUGGGAUAGGUGGUAGGAUUAUAUAAACACUCAUUGGAUUUUGUAUUACAAGCAGGAUCUGAAUCUCGGCAAGCGUCCCGUCCCGGCCCUAUCUAAGUAGGGCCUAAAUAAAUAGGCCCUAAAAUAAAUAGGCCCUAAAAUAAAUAGGCCCUAACUGUUAACUGUUUUUUGUUCCUCAGUUGUGCGAACUUGAAGCAUGUCGAUUUAUACAAUAUUUCACUCAUUUCUGUCUGUCUGUCUGUCUGUCUGUCUGUCUGCCUGCCUGUCUGUCUGUCUGUCUGUCUGUCUGUCUGUCUGUCUGUCUGUCUGUCUGUCUGUCUGUCUGUCCGUCUGCCUCCCUUCCUUCCUUUGGUUAUUAUCAAACUGAAAAAUGUAUACUUAGUCGUUUAAUUUCUUAUUCUAGCAAUUUGUAACAGCUGCAGAAAAAAACAUCAGGAUAUUCUUAAGCAAAAUUGUGAAUCAUUGCUCAAGUCGGAAAAUUACAAAGAAGAACCACCUAUAAAUCAAGAGUUAUCAAGGUAAUGGCAACCGUACCCUACCUAUCUAUGGGUGUGGUUACUGGAAAUAGACAAAUACUAAAUGGCUACAUUACACCACUAUAUGAAACAGUUUAUUAUUAUUAUUAUUAUUAUUACUGUUAUUAUUAUUAUUAUUAUGCAUCACUUAAAAGUCGCAGUUGGUGCAGAUCUUCGACUGUUUGCGGACUGUCCUAAUUCAGGUACGACGUGUAUUUCAACUUUAUUUCGAACGCUAAGACCUGAUAUAGUGGUGGAUUUUAAGGGUUCUGUAUAUGUGGUUGAAUUAACUGUUCCCUACGAAACCAAUUGUACGAAGGCUAAACGUCGCAAGAAAGAAAGAUACAGACAUUUAAUAUCUGAGCUGAUCACGACGUGUUAUGCGUUUGAAGUUACUACACUUGAAGUAACCACUCUAGGGUUUGUGUCGAAAGAUAUUGACAGAUUUCGUAGAUUAUUACGAACACUUGAAAUGAACGACGAACGUAUUAUUAAAAAAUGUAUGGAGGUAGCUCUGAGAGCAACAUUCUACAUUUACUGCAGAAGAAACAAGCCUUGGAAUAACCCAGACUUACUGAAUUUUUAUUAGCUACUAUUGAUAUAAAGUGUAGAGAAUGAACCUAUCUGUCUAAUAUAGUGAACUGUUUCUCUAUUUUCCUGAUUUAAUUGAAAGUCUAAUUAUGUGAUAUUUGUAUAAAUUAUCAUGUUAUUAAUAAAGAUUUCUGUUGUUUAAAAAAUUAUUAUUAUUAUUAUUAUUAUUAUUAAAAUGUUGUAUUUUUUAUUCAGGAAAAGCAAAGAUGAUGCAAAAAAAACUCUUUCACUAUUGCCACCACUAACUCCUGGUUGUAAGGCUAGUGAGGAUCCUGCCUGGACCCCUGGCCAUUGGCGUGCAGAGCAGGGAUACGAUGAUGACAUGUCAGAAGAACGUCCAGUACGACAGACUGUUCUACAAGUCUACAAUGAUGCAAUAAACCAAAUCGCUGGUAUAACCGACUUGAAGACCAUAGAGCCUCUUACUUUCAGACUUCAAUGUGAAUGGGAUGUAGCCACAAAAGACGAACAAUUAAUAUGUAAAGAAAAAGUUGAUGAAGCAUGCCAAGUCGUUUGCAAAGUUAUCGCCCCAAAUGCAAGUGAGGAGCUCUUGCAUGCUUACAAGCAAUCUGUAAGAACAGAUAGCGAAAUUGACACACUCACAACUGCUUACAAGAAUGCUCCAACGAAGACUCUAAAAACUCAGAUACUAAGUAUAUAUGCCUCAAAGUACUCGUGUGAUGAGCUGAAGAGGAUCCACGCUCCUUUCGAAAAUCUCAGUGAGCGACAGAUAAAGAAAGCAAGAAAACAUGCAAAGAUUAUUGGUGCUGGUAUGGCAAUAGAGAAAACACACUUUCACAGGGUGCGAAUUGAUUCAGCAAAGCUCAAUCACUUCCUGUCGUUUAUCGACCAACCGUAUUUCUAUCAAGACGUUGCAUACGGGACAAGACAUCUAAAGCUAGAAUCUGGCGAGAAAUUGGUUAUGCCGAACGUUGUGCGAACAGUAGGAAGAUCGACAAUGAUUGAACUGUAUUUCAAGCAGUGCAGAGAAGAAGAAUUUCAUCCUCUCGGGCGGUCUACAUUGUACCGAAUCCUUAAAGUGCGCGAAGCUUCUCAAAGGAAGUCACUUCAAGGUUUGGACAAUAUCGCCGCUGGUGGUGCCGAUGGGUUUGACACAAUGCAGAACGUCGUCGACAUUCUAGAAGAAAGUGGUGCAAACGCCAAAUGGUGUGAUAACGCGCGGAAAGGUCUGAAAUCUGGAAAACGGUAUUUGAAGACGGAGUACAGAGCACACUGUCGUGAUGUGGCCAACCCUUGUCCUGACCACUGCCGGAAACAUGCACUAAGUGACCAAUACGCUGAGUUUCAAGUUAACUGUAAUCAUGAGCACUCUUUGACCUGUGACAGUUGUGAAGCUUUGAAGUCUGUACUGUCCUCCUUCUCUACACAAGUUCAGUCGCCAGAAAUGAGCUUCUACAGUGAAGAGCAGAAAGAUGACAUUUUGUAUGACAUCCGCCAGGCGAUAGACAUGAUUUUACAGUGGAAGGCACAGAUGUUGAGGUCAGAGAAUCAAGAUAUUGCCAAGACUAGGUUGGUCAAGUCUUUGCCAAGCGACGCCAUUUUAGUUUUGAUGGACUGGGCGAUGAAAUUCACUCAACUUAAAUAUAGAGAAAAACAAAGUGAAUGGUUUGGCAAGCGAGGAAUGAGUUGGCAUGUGAGCUGUGUUAUCUCGAGAUCAGGUAAAACUAACUGCCUUCAAAUUUCCUCGUAUGUGCACCUCAUUGAUAGCUGCGAGCAGGACUGGUACGCUGUUUGCGCAAUCCUGACUAAUCUUCUUGAAACGAUCAAAGUCGCCCAGCCGCACAUCACUAAAGCGUACUUACGGUUGGAUGGGGCUGGUUGUUACCAUAACAACAACUUAAUUGCUGCUAUUAAUGACCUUGGCAAUCAAGCAGGAAUACAAGUCAUAAGGUAAAUCAAGCUAGCAUUUGCUUUAUGCGUUACAUGAAAGUAAAUCAAUGCAAAUCAAUGUGGGGGGAGGGACUUCCAGGCAUUUUUUAGGGGAACGCUCCUCCCACGCCCUCGAACACUUGCCAUUUGCUACACCAAAUUUUUGCAAAACCCCUUUAUACUUGAAGAAAAGUCCCGCCUUUAUACAAAGGCCCUUUCCUAUACUCAAAAUCGCAAAUUCCCUAUCUUCUUUAGACCACAACUUGCAAAUUUACCAUAUCAUUGGUAUACUGUGGCCUCGGAAAGUAGCAGGUUGAGAAAGUAGCCUUUUCGGACGUAUAGUAGAUAAUAAGUAGUGCCCGUCCCCCCGGGCUGUAAGCUUAUUUUAUAAUCUCAUAACUGAGUGUGUGUUUUAUGCUAUUUUUAUAUAGAUACGAUUUUUCCGAGCCACAGUUUGGUAAGGAUCUUUGCGACAGGAUAAUAAGUCCCCUGAAAGGUGCGAUCAAACGAUUCUGUAAUGAGGGUAACAACAUCCUGUGUGCAUCAGAUAUGUAUAAAGCACUGCAAGCAAGACCUGUUAAAGGAACCACCGCAGCUGUAUGUGAGAUUGAGAAGACUCCCGAAGAGUUCAAAGCCAUUCGAAUCAAGGACUUUAGUGCAUUCCACAACUUUGUGUAUGAUAAAGAAGGACUUUUUAUGUCAAAGGCAUACGACAUAGGUCCUGGGAAGCUUAUGACAUGGGCGGAGCUCGAAGUGCAAGGCCAAUUUCCCAUCAAGAUAAACGUCAUAGAAAAUCAGUCCUUUUGUAAGCUCGAGCCAAGACAGAUGAAAUUAUCGCAAAGUACGGGUGACGUCGACAAGGAAGAGGAGAUCUUAUUUGAGUGUUAUGUGGAAGGCUGUUCGUCAUCUUUUGCAACCCUUGGUGAACUACAAGAUCACAUUAGCUUUGGGGAGCAUGAUACAAAGGCUGUAAAGAGUAAAGAAAGUUUAUAUGACCAACUACGUAGAGAAUGGGCAAUAAAGUUUUCAAUUUUAUCAGCCGAAUCCGAGAAGAAGCAAACAAUGCAAGAAACACCGGCAACUAGUGACGUCCCGUCGAGAGAAGUAGCUGGGUGGGCUUUGCAAAAGCCAAGGGGUGGCAACAAAAGGUUUCCAGACAAUGUGAGGUCUUAUCUCACAGCUCGAUUUGAUGCAGGUGUGACUGGAAGAAAGGCAGAUGCAGGACAAGUAGCCAAUGAUAUGAGGAAAACAAGAAACAAUGAUGGCUCACGAAAGUUCAGCAGAGAAGAAUGGCUGACCAAGACGCAAAUCAAAUCCUUUUCUAGACUAUCCGCAGCAAGGAGGAAAAAACAAACCAACUUAGACGAUAGUGAUGAAGAAUUGCUGGAAGAGGAGCAUGAAUAUCGCAAAGAGGAGAAUGUACAAGAAGAAGUCAACGAUAUGUUGAGAGAGCUGGCCGUAGAACAUCCCAUAACUUACGACGGAUAUGACAUUUGUGAUCACGUGAAAUCAGGCUUGAUAUCAAAGUUCACUGUCAAGAUCCUGAAAGAUAUUUGUGAAUAUUUCGACGUGGCCUUUAAGUCCAGAGACACGAAGACUAUUCUGCUUAGCAAGAUAACUUGCAUGGUAAAGGAAUGCAGCUGCUCCAGUUGA